UUUAUUUAAGAUUGAGAUGGCGUCUGUGGAUCUGAAAGUGGAUCUGAACGUGGAUCAGCGGGAGGAAUUGAAAGAGAUAUUCUCAAGAUUCGACAUGGAUUCCGACGGGAGCUUAACCUUGUUAGAGCUCGCGGCUCUGCUGCGUUCACUAGGUCUGAAGCCGUCGGGAGACCAGAUCCACGCGCUGUUAGCGAACAUGGACGCCAACGGCAACGGCACCGUGGAGUUCGAGGAGCUGGUGGGGGCCAUCUUACCCGACAUGGACGACCAAAUCCUGGUCAACCAACAUCAGUUCCUCGAGGUGUUCCGUUCCUUUGACCGUGACGGUAACGGCUACAUCACUCCGGCGGAGCUGGCGGGAUCUAUGGCCAAAAUAGGGCAGCCGUUGUCUUACCGUGAGCUCACGGAGAUGAUCCGGGAGGCCGACACUGACGGUGACGGCGUUAUCGACUUCACGGAAUUCGCGGCUAUUAUGGCUAAGUCAGCUGCUGGGCAUCUAGGACUCCCAGUUUCAUAACCUUUUUGUCAAAUUUGGGGAAGCCUUUUGUUUUGUUUUGUAUACUACAUAAUAAUACUAACCAAACUUUGGCUGCCAAUCCUCACUUUCACCUUCUUAAUCUCUACUAUUAUGGUUAUGUUAAUUAUAUCCAGUGGCUGUUCUGCUUGUGGUUCAUCCUUUUUAAGCCAUUUCAAAUCAUGUACUGUGUAAUUGGGUUUCAUCUAUCAAGCUUGUGAUGUGAUUAUAUAUAAUACUAUCCUGCUUGCAAAUUGCAAUCA